AUGUCACUUCGUCCAAAGAGAAUUGUGUUUGAUCGAACCUUUCCAGAAUUCAAACAAGAUUUAGAACGCUUGUUCAAUUUUACUGGGUUGGAUAAAGUUUCUGCAAUGAAUAUAUUGGUUUAUGAUAUGUGUAAUUCUUCUCCUAAGCCGCAUACAAAUAAAUUAUUUAAUUCUAUCGCCGAUUUUUUGACACAGUACACUAAUAAAAUAAGAAGGUCAAUUUUGGAUCAUGACGAUAUAGUUAGCGCAUAUGCUAGAGAAUGGGAGCAUUAUAGGGUUGCAUCCGAUUUUUCUAGCAAGAUAUGUGAUUAUCUUAAUAAACUUAUAUUGAGAAGUAAAGAUCCUAAAAGUCGUAGUGGAACAGAUAGAUAUCAUCCCGUUGAAGAUGGCAAAUAUAGACGGCAAACUAUUCAUGCGCUGGCAUAUUUGAUAUGGAAGGAGCGAGUUAUUGAUGAUAUAAGGUUGAAGCACUCGGAUCGGUUAAUGUAUCAGAUAUUCGAACUUAUCCGAAGGGAUAGGGAUGGAAAGGAUACUGUUCCUAACGUUGUUGCAGAUGCGAUCAGUUCUUUGGUCGAACUUAACAUUUUGACCGAUAACAAACAACUACAUUUAUAUAGUGAAGUAUUCGAAAAGCCAUACUUGGAAAAAACGAAACAAUAUUACGAAAGAGAGUCCGCAGCGGUGAUAUCAAAUGAUAACAUUUCUCAAUAUAUGAAAAAGGCCAACGAAAGGUUAGAACAGGAGGUGGCGCGCAACCUUAAAUAUUGCCAUCCUGAUUCACAUAGUAUCAUAAUCAAAGAAUGCGAAACCCAAUAUGUAGCUAUGCAUCAAUCACGUAUACAUGGUGAAUUUGAGGCUAUGAUUUCCAAUGAAAAAUAUGAAGAUUGUACUAUGGCCUACAAUCUUCUAUCACGUAUACCUGAUGGUGUUAAUCCUUUGUUGGAGAUAUUUGAGAAAUAUAUUUCAAACAUUGGAAAAGGAAUGAUUGAGAGAAUGGGUAAUUCAAUAGCAAAGGAUCCUAGAGAAUAUGUAGAGUCGCUUAUGGAUCUUCAUAUAAAGUAUAUGAUCGUUUGCCAAAAAGUAUUUAUUAAUGAUUCGGCUUUUGUCGCAGCCGUAGACAAAGCUUUUAGAACAAUUGUUAACGACACAAGUACAAAUCCUAUUGCACAUUCGCCCGAAGUUCUUGCCCGUUAUUGUGAUGUUUUGUUGAAAAAAACACAUAAAGGUGGAUUUAGUGAACAAGAAGUUGAGGAAAAAUUGGAUCAAAUGAUCGUCCUUUUCAAAUAUAUUGAUGACAAGGAUGUGUAUCAAAAAUUCUAUUCAAGAAUGCUUGCCAAACGUCUGAUAUAUGGAAAUUCUGCAUCUGAUGAGGCAGAAGGGAAUAUGAUUACGCGCCUAAAGAUUUCAUGUGGCGUUGAAUACACUAGUAAAUUACAAAAGAUGUUUACUGACAUUACGAUCAGCGCAGAUAUAAAUAGUAAAUUUUCUGAAUACACUAAAAAGAACCUUACUAAUGGAGGAAAUGGCUCGCCAGUUGAUUUUUCCAUAUUGGUUCUAACAGCCGGUGCUUGGCCGUUAACGCAGUCUUCGAUGACAGAAUUUCAGUUACCAACAGAG